AAAAAAUAAAAUAAAAAAUCAGUAGCAUAUAUAAACUGAAGUAACACAGCUUCUCAUAGUUCAUACUCAAUCUCAAAAUCCAAUAUUUUCUGAUAAUAACACUAAUUAGUAGUGUCUCAUGGAAUAUUCCUCUUGGUUUUACUCUGUUUCCUUAUUAACCCUUCUUUUCGCCGUUUCCCUCUCGAAAUUAAUCGUUCAACGCAAACGUAACCGAAUCAAGAACUUCCCUCCGAGCCCGCCCGGAAAAUUACCGAUAAUAGGCCAUCUCCAUUUACUCAAAACCCCACUCCACAAAACCCUAAACCAAUUUUCUCAAAAACACGGCCCCAUAAUCUCUCUCCGUUUCGGUUUCCGUAAUGCAGUCGUUCUCUCUUCACCAUCCGCGGUCGAAGAAUGCUUCAUAAAAAACGACACCCUCGUACUAAACCGGCCGAAGUUUCUCUCGGGCAAACUCCUCAAUUACAACUUCACCACACUGGGGGCCGUACCCUACGGCCCCCUCUGGAAAAACCUCCGCCGCCUCACGGCAGUCGAGAUUUUCUCCACCGCCCGUCUCAACGGGUUCUCGGGGAUAAGACAAGACGAAACAAACUUGCUCCUCAAGAAAUUGUACCAACUUAGUUCUCGCGGAGGGUUUGUUAAAGUGGAAAUGAAGUCGAAACUAUCGGAGCUUUCGUUCAACAUCGUCAUGCGAAUUGUGGCGGGGAAGAGGUACUUCGGAGACCAUGAAAUGGAGAACGAGUCGGAAGCGAGGAGAUUUAGGGUUUUGAUAGAGGAGUUGUCGUAUUUGAGUGGGGCGUCGAAUCCAGGGGAUUUCUUGCCAUUUUUGCAGUGGUUUGAUUAUCAGAAUCUCGAGAAGAGGAUGAUUAUAUUGCAGAAGGAAAUGGAUUCUUUCUUGCAAGGUUUGAUUGACGAGCGGAGAAGAAACGGAGAUUGUGGUGGAGAAAAGACGACGAUGAUUGAUUCGAUGCUUGCUUUGCAAGUUUCGGAGCCGGAGAAUUACUCUGAUCAAAUCAUCAAAGGCAUAAUACUGGUUGUGCUAAUGGCUGGCACAGACACGUCAGCAGUGACAAUGGAAUGGUCAAUGUCACUUCUCCUCAACCACCCAGACGUACUCAACAAGGCCAAAACGGAGCUUGACCGUUACGUGGGCGAAUCCCGUUUAGUCAACGAGCACGAUAUUACGAAACUGCCAUACCUCCGUGGAAUCAUAAACGAAACCCUCCGUUUAUAUCCAGCUAUACCACUCUUGGUACCUCGCGAAUCCUCACACGACUGCAAAAUCGGACCGUUCGAUGUACCCGGUCAAACGAUGCUUCUGGUCAACGCAUGGGCGAUUCAUCGGGACCCGCGGGUGUGGGUCGACCCGGAGAGGUUCGACCCGGAUAGGUAUGCGGGUUUGGAAGAUGAGGAUUAUAGGUAUAGAUUGGUGCCGUUUGGAGCGGGGAGAAGGAAAUGCCCCGGUUCGGGUCUUGCUAAUAGGGUGGUGGCGCUGGCCUUGGCGGCGUUGAUUCAGUGCUUUGAGUGGGAGAGGAUUGGCGGCGGAGAGGCGGUGGAUAUGGCGGAGGGCGGUGGACUUUCGAUGCCGAAGGCUGUUCCGUUGGAGGCCAUGUGCAGAGCACGUGAGGAUAUGAUGCACGUGCUCUUCAAACUAUGAGUGUUUGUUCUACAUAUAUAUAUAAGUUACUGAAAUAAGGCCACUUGGCCACUUAUAUUGCUUUUAUGCUUUUUGUUUCAAAAUUUGAAGUGGAGAGAAAGAAAGAACCCCACCUUUUAUAAACAAUCGAAGGGCUAUUUUUGUUUGAAAUUGUCCGAUAUACAGUACAAUGGUUGGUCAAUUUUGAAAGGGGAUGGAUUAAUCUUUAACGUUGCUUGACGGUAGAGGUCAUUUUGUCGUAUUUUGUGUCUGAGACUCUGAUACUGAUAAUAGUAUAUGGGCGCAAUUUGAAUAUAACCCUUGAUAUAAUGAACAGGGCAUGUUGUAAAGAGCAACUCCAAAGUCCAAUGCUAAAUAUCAGGAUUGAAUUAUCAAAUAUUCA